AUGGCAAUGCUCUCAGCUGUUCAGGAAGCUCAGAAGGAUAAUCUUAGAAGUUUCAAUGAUUAUAUGAUGUCUGUAUUGCAGGAGGACUGGCAAAAGGAAAAAAGAGAUUUUCUUCAGAGCCUGAAUCGAAUUUCAAUACUACCGAGAACAAAUGUCCAUGAUUCGAGCAGUGGGGUUAGUCGCCAGGGUCAAAUAGUACCUAUGACUUCAAGCCCUGGGCUUUCGUCAGGACAAUCUGGUGCCGAGCUGGCACUUUUGGCUGAUAAACCCAUAGUUGAAAAAAAGGCUGCAGCAUAUGCUGAAGUUGUGAAGAAUCUUAACAGUGCUAGACAGCAUGGUUCACCCUUCAAACCUGCUGCAGCUUUUAAAAGUGCAUAUGAAAGUCUGAGAAUGGACUCAUCUGGAUCAAAAUCUGUCAGCAUGCUGAAGAUUUGGCAUCUAAUUAUGACAUUAAUGGGUGAGGACCCAAGUGUAAAACGGAGUGUUUCUAAGAGAAUGUCCUUAGUGAUUGGAGCUCGGCACCAUCUGGAGUGGGGACAUGAGAAGUAUGUAAUGGAUAUGAUUCACAGUCAUCCUGCGCAGGCUGCUCUUGGCGGGGCUGUUGGAAAUCUGCAAAGAAUUCGUGCCUUCCUUCGGAUGCGUUUAAGGGAAUAUGGAGUUCUUGACUUUGAUGCUGGUGAUACCCGAAGACAGCCUCCUAUAGACACCACAUGGCAGCAGAUAUACUUUUGCCUGAGAACUGGAUACCAUGAAGAAGCUCUGGGUGUUGCACGGACAUCUCGUGUCUCCCAGCAAUUCACUACACUGCUUUCUGAGUGGAUUUCUACGGGAGGUAUGGUAUCAACAGAGACUGCAGCUUCUGCUUCAGAAGAAUGUGAGAAAAUAUUGAGGAUGGUUGAUCGAGUUGGUCGACCAUCAUAUGACAAGAAAAAGUUACUCCUGCAUGCUAUUAUAUCUGGCUCUAGGAGGCUGAUUGACAGGUUGCUUAGAGAGCUACCGACUAUCUUUAAUACAAUCGAAGAUUUCUUAUGGUUCAUGUUGUCUGCUGUACGGGAAAGCUCUGGUGGUUCCUCUUCGGUUGUCCUCAAUGGUGGAGUAUCAUCUUACAGUUUGGAGGAUUUGCAGGCGCGUUCUUCAUUUGUCAAAAGAUAUUGGAGAUAG